UGGGAGUGCUGGAACAUUAACCGAGCUCGGUGGAGAAAAGAGGGGAGACAGGGAGAGGGGAGAGCCAUGAAAGACCACCGGCUCACCAAUUCGACUCCAUGGUACUCACCUUGAAAAAAAAAAAAUAACAAAACAAAACAUGUAACUAAAGAAAAGAAACUCCCUCUCCCUAGUCAAAUCCGCUCUGUAUCGGCAACUUCGCAAGGAGGUUCAUCACUUAGUGUGAAAUACCUGUGGAUUUUUGUUGUUGUUGUUGUUGUUGGUAAAUAAGAACAACAACAACAAAAAAAGAAUAAGAAUUCGGAUAAAACAGAACAGCUGUCACCAGAAGAUGCGCGCCAGCGACUAGACGCACCGACAAUGACCGAAGUUCAAGAACAAGAUUUCCCCUUGGCGGAAAUACACAUUUUAAUUUAACAUCACUCUGGAAAAGUCACACGCUCAGGUCAAGUUCGAAGAAUUGUUUUUUCCUCUCAAUUUUUUAUUUUUUUUUAUUCGAGAAGGAUGAGUGGAGGUCGCUUUGAGUUCGAUGACGGCGGCGCGUACUGCGGCGGCUGGGAAGGCGGUAAAGCGCACGGUCACGGCAUCUGCACCGGACCGAAGGGUCAAGGCGAGUUCUCCGGAUCAUGGAAUUACGGUUUCGAGGUGGUCGGGGUGUACACCUGGCCCAGCGGGAACACGUACGAGGGCUACUGGGCUCAAGGCAAGCGCCACGGCCUGGGCGUCGAAACCAAAAGCAACUGGGUGUAUAAGGGCGAGUGGACGCACGGCUUCAAAGGCAGGUACGGCACGCGCGUGAGCCUCGGUAGCGGCGCCAAAUACGAGGGCACGUGGAAUAACGGCCUGCAGGACGGCUACGGCACCGAGACCUACGGGGAUGGCGGCACCUUCCAAGGCCAAUUUACCAGUGGAAUGCGGCAUGGCUAUGGUGUGCGUCAGAGCGUUCCAUAUGGUAUGGCCGCUGUGGUGCGCUCUCCUUUGCGCAACUCGCUAACCUCACUGCGUAGCGAGCACAGCAAUGGCACGCUACUGCAGCACGAUGUUCCCAUCAUCACCACCACAAACGCAUCAGGCCAGGAGACUGUUAUCACCUCGUCCAUGCCUAUGGGGCCUUCACGUGGUGGCUUUGCUCUCAGCCUGCAUGGUGACCCUGAACUUGCCAAGCCAAAGAAGAGGGGCCUUUUCCGUCGCGGCUCGCUGCUGGGCAAGCUGACCAAGUCGGAAUCCCGCACAUCCCUCUCCAGCCAGAAGAGCAAGAUCAGCUUCCUGCGCAGUGAGUCAGCCCUCAGUUCAGCGACUAGUGAUGCCAACUCUACCAUCAGCAUGGGUGACAGUGAAGUAGAGGGCGAGUGCCACGAGUUCCCACCUGUCGAGGCUGACAUUGACGCCACCACCACCGAGGUUUACAUGGGCGAGUGGAAGAAUGAUAAGAGGGCAGGCUUUGGCAUCAGUGAGCGCUCCAGUGGCCUCAAGUACGAGGGCGAGUGGCUGGACAACCAGCGGCAUGGCUAUGGCUGCACUACGUUUGCUGAGGGCGGUAAAGAGGAGGGCAAGUAUGUACACAAUGUGCUGGUCAAGGCUGUGAGGAAGAAGGUGAUUCAAUUGAAGGGCACCAAGAUCAAGCAGAAAGUGGAAAGGUGUGUCGAGGGAGCACAGAGGGCUGCUGCCAUUGCCAAACAGAAAGCAGAAAUUGCCAGCUCAAGAACUUCCCAUGCCAAGAGCAAAGGAGAGGCUGCUGAACAGGCUGCUCAAGCUGCCAACAACGAGUCCAGCAUUGCACGUGUAGUGGCCAGAGAACUCUCACCUUCAUUCUAUCAGCCAGGCCCAGAAUACCUAAAGAAGCGAGCAUUACAAGAAAUUGCAGAGAGCAAUGAGAAUGCUGAUACAGACAUGCAUGAGUCACUUCUGGCUGAGGAGAUCAUGCCUCCAGAGAGCCCCUUCAUGCACGAAAUAGACAGCCUGAAGCCCAACAUUAGUCCAGCACGCACACCAUCACCCAGACCUACUACCUCUGCUGCCCUUGAUCCUAACCUCCUUGGUCCUGGUAGCUGGAAUGGGGACAAAAGCAGUCGAGGGGGUGGAAGUAGCAGCAGAGGGGGAAGCCGCCCAGGGAGCAGGCAGAGCAGUCGUCCUUCAACUCCAUCACCCAAUUCAGCUCUGGAUUCAGUGCCAAACAUGGAGGAGCCUGGUGUCCCCAGCACAAAGGGUCCAUCCCAAUCGCUCAGCUGGCAAAACACCAAAGCUGAGCAGGGCUCUGACCUUGAAAUUAAGCCUCUACAGAAGAUGGACUUAGAGACUAAAGCAGCAGAACCUGCUCCAGCUCCAGUAAGGACCAGCCUAAUCUUCUCAACUGAUGAAGAAGAACCACCACCUCCUGCCUCCAAAGUGUCUUCCAAAGCAGUGACCCCAGAACACAAAGCUCCCGAGCAGAGAGCCAAGGCCAGGGAACCUGCACCAGAGCACCCAACAUCAAUGACCGAGAGUAAGCAGGAGGCCAAGGAAGACAGAAAAGUGGCUAAAAAAGUUGAAGAUAAGCAAUCUAUGAAACGAGAGCCUAGUCCGGCUCCGAGACGAGAACCAAGCCCGGCUCCGAGACGAGACCAUAGCCCGGAUCCAAGACGAGAACCAAGCCUGGCUACAAGACGGGAACCAAGCCCGGCUCCGAGACAAGAACCAAGUCUGGCCCCAAGACGAGACCGUAGCCCAGCUCCAAGACAAGACCCUAGCUCAGCUCCAAGACGAGACCCUAGCCCAGCUCCAAGACGAGACCCUAGCCCAGCUCCAAGACGAGACCCUAGCCCAGCUCCUAAAUCUGUGGCCAAGCCUGAACCCAAGGUUGUGCCUAAACCAGAGCCCAAACCAGUCACUAAGCCUGCACCCAAAGUGGACCCCAAAGCUGAGCUGAGACAGAGGGCUUUGGUGAAAACCCCUGAUGAAGUGACUGAAAUUACAGCACCAGAAGAGGGGCCAAAUACGAUUUUGAUCUGCAUGGUCAUUCUGCUCAAUAUCGGUCUGGCCAUUGUUUUUGUUCACAUCCUGUCCUGAUGGAAAGGUGUCCAAGCAGAAUUUUUUUCUACAAACCAAGAACAUCUAUAACAUCUAUAAGUAAGAAGAAAGAAGAGCUGUGAUGGAUGCCACAUGCUCCCCUUGAGGCUUCACUGAUGUCAUAAAGUCUCAAUAAAGCCCUCUCAAGCCACUUGAAGGACAGUUACUAUGUGUAGUCGGAUUGAAGGAUGACAUACAGUUUCUGUGUCGGAAUGCUGGAGAGAAUUUUGCUCUCACAUGAUGGAAAGUGUUAAUCUGUAUUGUGCUGCUUUAAAGAAUGAUUCUUCCCAAAUUAACAGUGCCACGUACUUCUUAAAAGGGCGAAUAUAUCUUAUGCAAAUCAAGCAUUGAUGUCAAGCUUACCAGUUUACCAGUGAUUAUCAAUCAAAGCCAUAGAUUCUGAUCCGUCUGAGAUCAAGUGAAUUUGAAGAAGGAAAAGGAUCUGCUCGUUAACAUCUGACAUGUUUUGAAACUACAUUAAUAGUGUGCAAUAAUGCACACUCAAUACGAUGUCUUAAAGUCUCACAAUAAGGCCCUCUCCUUCAGUCUUCUAACAAAUACAUGACAUGCAUACAAACAUUUUUCAAACCUCAUGGUAAAAAUGGAUUGUGCAAUAAAUCUUUGCCUGUUAAAACAUAAGCCUACGUUUAAGAACAAAGCAAAGGUCAAGAGUUUCAGUUCACAUGAGGAAGAUGGGAUAGCUGUAAGUGUCAUAUGGUUUUGUCUGAUGUUACUGAGAAAGUUUCUUUCUUUCCGAAUAUAUCAUCCCACUUCCAUUUACAGUGUCUGAAAUAUUAUGAAAAUUAGCAGUUGUUUAGCUCAAGAAACAUUGCACUUUGAACGUCUGUGCUUGCAAACUUAAUUUUUAAAAGUACCAUUUGCAGAAACUAAAGUGGCAACAUUUGAGAACUCAAACAAAACUUCUUUUUUUUUUAUGCAUGCAUGUUAAUUGUUUUUCUACCUUUCUAAAAUUGUGAGGUUACAUUACAGCAACUUGUGCACUUGCAAAUAUUGAAAAAUCACCUUAGAACAGGGCUGGCCAAGCUGCAAAGGGCCAGCAUGGCUGCAAGUUUUCAUUUCCAACCAAUCGGGAUCUAUGCCUGUUUCGACUUGUUAAAUCAGUUGCUUGUGGCCCUGCUUGGUUGGCAUUAAAAUUUGCAGGUACACUGGCCCUUUGCAGAGAAGAUUUGACAUCCCUGCCAUAGAACAAUGAAAACAUGCUGUAUGUUUUGAUUAAUGUCCCCCUAUCAGAAAAGUAAUUACCUCAAACUUUGCAUUUAAGAAUUGGUUUGCAGUUGAACUCCAGGUUUUACAGUAGACUGUUGUUAAGCACCAUGAUUAUGGUCUCCGCAUAAAUAUUUUAUUUUGAGAUUUUAUUUGGACAAACAGUAGUUAUGGAUCCUAAAGCCUUCAUCCAACUCUUUGACCCAUUACCUAAUGGUAUGAAGAGAAAUGUGUGAGUUAUAUGUAAAUGUUCUGAAACAGCAUUCAUCUGUUUUGGCUUUUACCCAUUUGCACUGGAGUGGUUUGUGAUGGCAGUGUUUUACAAUGCAACUUUACCACUGUAUUUUAUUCUCAUCAGAGUGCCACCCACAAAUGUCCAUUUUAUGAAUUAAAAAAAGGCAAAAAUAUUAUUUAUUCAUAGGUUUGUUUUCAUAUGAAUGCGUUAAAUCAUGCUUCCACUGGCUGAAUAGUGCACAUAUUCAGAAUACUGAGAAAUCCAGGUGACAGUUCAAAAAUGUUCAUCCCAUGUAGUUGAUUUAACACAUAAUUGUGUGUUUGCACCUUUGAAAGGGAUUAAAUCACGGCACUCAAAAUGUAUUGUGCUGAGCAGUACCACUGAAUGCAAAUAAAUCUAUUUUUCAAUUGUAA